CGUUUUCUAGUAUUCAUGGCGGCAUCUCAGGCAAGAAACGCUGGGCUGCCGAUAAUCAAUUUUCUCCGGUUGAAAGGAGUGUCCAUUUUGCAGCAAUUGCAUUUGGAAGAGAGGUUGCUGCGGACUUCGUCUGAAAACUGGUGCAUCAUCAAAGACGGAACAACCCGCCCCACCAUCGUCAUGGGUGUUUCAGGGAAACCUAAGGAACUUCUUGAAACUGAUGCUGUUCUAAGAGAUGAAAUUCCAGUCAUCCGAAGGUUUACAGGAGGUGGUACUGUUAUUGUUGAUCAGGGUACUAUUUUCGUAUCGUUUAUAUGCAACAAGGAUGCUAUUCCAGGUUUACAAUCGUAUCCUCGACCUAUCAUGUCAUGGAGCAGCCUAAUAUAUAAGAACAUGUUUCAAGGAAUCGGGGAGUUUGGCCUUCGAGAGAAUGAUUACGUGCUUGGCAACCGCAAGUUUGGUGGAAAUGCUCAGUCUAUUACCAAAAAUAGGUGGGUUCACCAUACUUCCUUUUUAUGGGAUUAUGAGGUCGGUAACAUGGGUUAUCUGAAAAUGCCAACACGAGUUCCUGAAUAUCGACAGGCCAGGAACCAUGUGGAGUUUAUAUGCCGCUUGAAGGAGUUCAUGUCAAGGUCAGAUUUCAUUAAUGGAACCACGGAUGCAGUUGCCGCCUAUUUUGCAUUGAGAUCACCCGAUGCAGACGAUAUCCAGAAUCAUUCCUCUCAAUUUGAGCCGUCCAGUAAGCUAUUAACUCGACAGGAACUCGGAGAUGAAGCCUCUAUUGACCUCGUAGGUACCGUCUCUCAGGCGUUGUGAUAUAAAGCAUUGGGGGAUGAGGUGAGGCAAAUGGGAAGUUUAUUCAAUUUAGGAGAGUAUCACAAGAUCAAUGUGAGGCUAUUUGUAAGCCUACAUGUCCAUGGGGGGGCUUUAUGCCUAUGUUUUUAAAAAGGGGUUCAUUAGGUAUUUGAAUGAGGAACCAUCAAUCUAUGUCUGUGAAUACUACACAGUUAGUAGGUACUUGCAGGCAUGCAAAUAUGCUUUGGAAUGAUGAGCCGUUGUGGCCACAAUGUGAUAAUGUGAUGGUGACAACUUAACAUCAA